UCAUUCCAUCAAUGGAUCACUACUCGCAGAAGUGACAGCAACAUCAAACUAUACUAUCAUUUUAUCCACAGCACCAUCUAGCAUGAUCAUCGCUCAGGAGCUCUCCUCCUGGCUCUCUCCCUCCACCGUAAAGGUGUCCAGUCCGCCGCACCUCGGCCACCCCGCCCCCUCAUCGCCCGAGCUGCCCCUGCCCAACCCCAACCGCCGACCAACCAUCAUUCUCUUCCUCCGCCACUGCGGCUGUCCAGUGGCGGAAUCCGAUUUCCGCACCCUCCGUCAAGCAGCCGCCCAGCACCCGCAGCUCAACUUCGCCGCGGUCUCGCAUAGCGAUGCACCCUCUACGGCGCGGUGGCUGGAAGCGGUGGGUGGGGCGGCAGAGCCUGGAUCAGGGCCUGGAUCGCAUCCGGUGCAGAUGAUCGUCGAUACCGAGCGGCAACUGUAUGCGCGCUGGGGCUCCGGGGUGGCUUCCUGGGGUCACGUGUUGAGUCCGAGCGGGCUGAUGAACAUCGUCAAGUUGGGGCGUGAGAAAGGGAUCUGGAACCGGCCGACGGAGAGCGGCAGUCGGUGGCAGGCGGGGGGGUUCUGGGCCGUGGAUAGUGAGGGGAUCGUGCGCUGGGGCCGGCCGGCCAGGAGGGCGGAUGAUUUUCUGGAUGUGGAGGCGGCGAUCAAGACUGUUAGCUAGAUGGUUUUAUCCGGUAUUGGGUUGGUGUAGUUAUCUCCAAGUCUAGUUGAACUGCUCGUAUGUGAGAUGGAUUUGCGUGGCAACUGAUGGUGCAGGGCUUCAUUGGUCUAAGCUGGGAGUUGUGCUCAUCUACGCACAGCGACAACAGGAUACACCUCGAAAACAGCCUGCUGUUCCGGUGAGAAUGCCCGUCGCAGCCCUACGCUGGCCCGGUUGAGCAGCCACCACAGUCGUUGGUCAUCUGCCGCCUCACUCAGGGGUCUUGUGAACCGGUCCCG